UCCGAGACGAAGAGCUGGGAGUCGAUGGAGGCCAUGGUGAAGCGCUCCUUCGGCCUGUGCAGUCUCCAGCUGACGUACUUCGAUGAGGAGAACGAGGAGGUGAGCUCUGAGUCUCUGUGCGGCUGCCAUUGAGCAAGGCAGCAGUGCUGGGUGAGAAUCCCCAGGCCUCCCAAUGCAACCCAGAGGCCAGGAAGACAUCCCCCCCCCCCCUACUCUCACUGAUAAUGAACCGGAGGCUCCAGCCAAUGAGCAGCUCCCAUUCCAACUCUCCUCCUGGAGCAGCUGGCAGCACGAUGGACUUCAUAAGCAGCGUGUCAUGGUUCAAUCAUCACGAUGACCAUCAGCACACCGGGGGCGGAGCCUCGUGUCCUUGAUGAGGUGUCCAUUAACAGCCAAGGGGACUACGAGGAGGCGCUGAAGAGUGCAGCGAGGCAGGGGAACCGGCUCCACAUGAACGUGUACGAGACUCGAGGCCAGCCGGCCAGGGGCCCCGCCAGCAAGGCCGGCGGCACGGAGCCCAAGAGGGGCUUCAGACCCCCCCAGCACUGCCCCGCUCUGGCCCAGGUGGUCAGCCGCAAAGUCCAGGCUGCCGUUCCAGAGCAGGGUCCGGUGAUGCUGAAGGACAUGAAGGGGACCAAAGAAGAAGACAAGACUCCUCCAGCCUGGUUCACCUCUUACAUGGACAAGUUUAAGGACCAGGUCGUCCGGGAGGCGGUGGAGAAGAUCUGCCGGGAGUUCUCUGGACAGUGCUGCAUUCACAAGCCCCUAGGAGGAGCAGCAGCAGGAGGUAGAGGGGAGGCCCAGCAGGUCCCCGAUGGUUCCUCCUCCGCUCUGCCCGGAGCUCCAUCCUCCUCCACGCCUCCCUGCUCCUCCUGCCGGGGGCGGACCACGGGAGGAGGCUACCAGUGCAGUGUGUGUACUUCCUGUACGCUGUGCGAGCCCUGCAGCUUCUCCCAUGACCCCAGUCACAACCUGGUGAGGGCCCGGACCCCCCUGUCCAUCCCCGAGCACGGCUCCCCGGCCCCCGACCACAGCAGGUUCUACCGGCGAGGCGACCGCAGCUUCAGGAAGGCGGAGAAGCAGCGGCUGAAAGCGGAGAAGGGCCUUCUGAAAGCAGAGGUCAAGGAGAUCCGGAAACAGCUGAGGAUGGAGAGGCGGGGCAUACAGUGGAGCUCCUCCCACAGAGAUGGAAGCUCCUCCCCUGUCCUGCUGCAGCCUCGAGCCACCGAGCACAGCAGCCCUGAGCGGCCGAAGCGUCCGUGUCCCCUGGUGGCUCCGGCCAUGACGGCGGCCUUUCUGGACGAGAACCUUCCCGAUGGAACCCGACUGCGGCCCGGGACCAAGUUCAUCAAGUACUGGAAGAUGAGGAACACUGGAUCCGUCUGCUGGAGCGCGGACACCAAGCUGAAGUUCAUGUGGGGGAACCUGGCGGUCGGCUCUGGAGCCCGCUGGAGAGAAGUGUCGGUUCCCUUCCUGCAGCCAGGACAGGUUGGGAUCGUGAGCGUGGCGCUGUGUGCUCCGGCCGUGGAGGGCUCCUACACCUCCCACUGGCGCCUGGCCCACGCGGGGGAGCAGCUGGGCCCCCGGGUCUGGUGCAGCGUGGUGGUGGAUGCCCUGGCCCCGGCGCCCGUGAUGGCUGAUGGGAUCCUGGUGUCGCCGUGCGUCACGCCGCAGGGGAAGAACCCGGUGGCCACGGAGGGAAAGGCGGCCAGAGAGCCGCCCCUGAUGUCCGUGGACCAGGAGGAGAACUACAUCCCCUCUGUGGACCUGCUCACUGCCCAGGAUCUUCUGUCUUUUGAGCUGCUGGACAUCAACAUCGUCCAGGAGCUGGAGAGUGACCCCAACAACCCCCCUGCUGAUGUCCCUCAGGGGGCGGAGUCUGGAGCAGAGGGGGGCGGAGUCCCAGCUCAGGAGGAAGGGGAGGAGGACAUCAGCGGGACUCAGUUUGUCUGUGAGACUGUGAUUCGCUCCAUGGCGCUGGAGGAGGCCCCUGACCACGCCCCUAUGAGAGCGGUGCGUCUGGCUGCUCCGGGCUCCUCCUCUUCCUGUGUGAAGGGUCGAGCGGGGACCGACGGCAGCCGCUCUCAGAGCCCCGUGAGGCCCCCGGCGCCGAAGGCCUCCCUGCCGGCUCCGCUGCAUGUGGCCUCCGGCCUGGGCCCCGGCCCCAGCCCCGCCCCCUCCUCGCUCAUCGCUCCGCCCGGGCCCUUCGCUCUGCAGCAGCACUCAGCGGAGGGGGAGGCGCCCCCCACGGAGAAGGAGGGAGUGGAGAAGAGAGAAGGGACGAGGAGUCGCUCCUCCUCCACCUCGGAGGAGGAUUACAUCAUCAUCCUCCCCGACUGCUUUGACACCAGCCGGCCACUGGGGGAAUCCAUGUACAGCUCCGCUGUGUCCCAGCCGGGGGACGUCCCAGCCAAGACCCCCACAGACACAGACCCCCCCGCCCCACAGGGGGAGGAGCUUGGAGAGGCAGAAGACCCCAACAGCGCCAACGACAUGCUCUGUACCUCUCAGACGCUGGACGACGAGCCUCUGACCCCUGAAGUGGUGGCUCCGCCUCAAGCCCCGCCCACGCAGAGUCCAGGGAGCGGAGCAGGAGGAGCAGGAGGAGCAGGAGGAGCAGGGCCAGACGUGGCCCCUGCCGUGGCCCCUGCCGUGGCCCCUGCCGCCUGUGGGCAAGGAGCAGAGGGCUCUGAGGACGUCUCUGGCCCUGAACACACGCAGACGGAUGACGCUGAAGUGACUGAAGACACAGAGGACGACAGCCCUGAGGACCCCAGGCUCCCGGGCCUCACCAGCGGCCUGGUGAAGGGAGCGCUGUCGGUCGCUGCGUCUGCCUACAAAGCCCUGUUCACCGGACACGGCCCCACGCAGCCUCCACUGGACGCCUCCACCCAGGAAACCAUGAUGGCCGUGCUGGUUGAGAUGGGUUUUGGGGACCGGCCGCUAAACCAGCGGCUGCUGAAGAAAUACAACUACAACCUGCUGGACGCGGUCAACGAGCUGGUUCAGAUGACCGACAACGACUGGUACUCGACCCGCUACUGACAUGGAGGGAGAGAGGAAACCAGACGUCCACCUCUCCUCUGAUUGGUCCAGUUGAGAUCAAUCGUCUCUAAGGACAUUCCAGCUGGAGCUUCAAACACUGUGUAGUGUAACUGUCCGCUUGGAGGGAAGAGGACGGAGACACGUUCCGCAAGCCUCAACAGAGCUAUGUGUAGCAUUAGCAUUGGCCAACAUGGAGUCCCACUGCAGCCGCACGGCCGAGGAGCAACACCUCUGAACUGAGACACAGGAGGCCAACACAGCUCAGUGGUCAUCACCAUUGUUGGCAUGCUACACAGAGCUCAUGUCAUGCUACACAGAGCUCAUGUCAUGCUACACAGAGCUCAUGUCAUGCUACACAGAGCUCAUGUCAUGCUACACAGAGCUCAUGUCAUGCUAC